GCUGACACUAGCGAGAAGAUUCCGAGCUGGCUGUACAAGCAGCCGGGUACAAUUUCUCAGUAUCAUUCUAGCCUUGACCAACUUGCCUGCCUUCUUUAGAAGCACCAUGUUAAUGAGGAUCCAUAGGUGCCUCAUCCUGCAUGGAUGGAUGAGCCAGGGCCCAUUGCCGCAGCAAAGAUGGAAAACGGUUGAUCAUCGGGGGCCAGAACUGAUAACUUAAGGGGUUGAAGAGAAGACUGUCUCAGCAUAAACUGCGGUGCAGGGGGUUCUGGCACAAUCCAUUGACUACUACGAGGAGUGAACUACGGAGCGUUUAUCACAGGAAUAUGAUACGUCAUUUACCAAGUCUGGCCAAGGCGGACAACCAUAUUUCCCCCUCCCCCACAAACGCAUCUUAUCGUGAACCCUUCCACAUACUUCUAUUCAAGUGCUAUCCAGCACACCAUGACUCUGAUCUCUGCCUUCCGUCCACCAUCAACUCGCGUCUCGUCCCUGCGACUGAGGUCUCGUAGGCAGCGAAGGUCUCCCAAGCGGAGUCCUCGUCAACGCAGCCGCGAAUGGAGACAAGACCAAGGCCAGGAUGAGGACGAGGAUAGUCAUGAUGAAAAUGCGCACUCCAUAAUCACCCCAUCAAAGCACACACCCAAGGCAGUGCGGGUCCUACGCGGCUCUGUGGCAGCCGGUGGCCCUUUGCGUCCCUUUCGUCUAGUCAAACAGGAUAUUCUGAACCUUCGUCGUCGAUAUAUCUCAGAUUGGAAGAUAUUCAACCAGCUGAUAUUCGCUAGUGCUGUCUAUGUCUUCUUCACCAAUCUUCUUCCUGGUAUAACUUUUGCUAGCGAUUUGUAUGUCUUGACUGGUCAGAAUUGGGGAACAAUUGAGGUGGUAUUCAGUACGGGUCUAUGUAGUAUCAUCUUCUCAUUAUUUUCCAUUCAGCCUCUGACUAUCCUGGGAGUUACCGGGCCCUUCUCGGUGCUCGCAGAAAACCUCUACAAUCUUUGCGACGAAGUCUUCAGGAUACCUUUCUUGCCGUUCAUGGCCUGGUCGCUGAUCCAUGCUGGCUGGCUACACUAUGCCCUGGCUAUCAUCAAUGCGCACGAUUGGACAAUGCGAUAUGUCACUACCUUCGCCACGGAGAUAUUCUCCCUACUGAACAGCAUCAUUUACUUCCACAAAGCCAUUCAGGAGCUGGAACGAGCCCACAAUAGCCUCUCCUUCGCAGCUUUUCUGUAUGCUGUCAUAGGUGCUGUUGGAACAAUGCUUCUGGCAAUAUUUCUGUCUACUGCAGAGAGCUGGCGCCCCUUGUUCCACCGCUACAUCCGCAUGGGCUUGACCGAGUAUGCCGCUGCAAUCUCCAUCAUCGUCUUCAUCGGGCUUCCGCACAUCGGUGAACUAGCUCACCUUGACAAGAUGACCCUUCCAGUUAGUACCUCCUUUACUCCCACCUCUCCAGACCGUAACCAGUUCUUUGUCGAAUUCUGGCAACUGCCUGUAAACUGGGUGUUUGCCGCUAUCCUUCCCGGGAUCAUUAUUACCAUCCUGUUCUUCUUCGACCACGAAGUCAGUUCUAUUAUCUGCACCAUUGAUCGGUAUGGAACCCGCAAGCCCGGCGGCUUUGCAUGGGACAUCAUCCUCCUGGGCACCACCACCGCCCUCUGCGGAAUCUUGGGAAUCCCGCCGGCCAAUGGCCUCCUUCCGCAAGCGCCUCUCCACUCCGAAUCUCUCAUGCACACGGAGAAAGAAGAACGGACCAUUCUCGUUGAUGGCGAGGAGAAGAAAGAAACCUACGAGGUCAACCGCGUCUACGAGCAGCGAUGGUCAUCCUUUCUUCACGCCGCGGCUAUUCUGCUCUUCAUCAGCCCUCCUUUCAUGAAAGUCCUCGGUUUAACUCCAACUAGCGUUCUAGCCGGUCUAUUCAUGUUUAUGGGCGAGCAAAGUCUUUCAGUAAAUCCGAUUCUCUACCGAACAUUCUAUCUCCUCACUCCGCCCUCUGAGCUCCCUCCCCUACCCGCUACCCUAGCCACAACUACAUCCGCCACAAACACACCACGCGCUAAAGCUUUUGGAAGAACCAAUGGAGAAGAGGAAGAAGAAGCCGAAGAAGAAGCAGAAGAAGAAAUCUCAACUCCACCGCCAACAGCCCCCUCCUACAUCCCCAUUCACCUCUACACCAUCCUUCAAAUCGUCAUCACAGUGGCCAUUUUUAUUCUGACCCUCACGCGCGGCGCCCCUGCGUUCCCGGUUUUGAUCGUCCUACUCGUACCCUUUCGCCUCCUUGUCAUGAAGCGAUGGUGGCCCCGCGAGGUCCUCCGUUUUGUGGACGCGUGGGCGUGCAAGGAGGGAACACCGGAGGACGACGAAGAUGCCGAGGCAGAGGCGCAAGGGGACGCACAAGGGAGGUUUAAAGGCCUUGGACAAGAGAAUUCUCCCGGAGCUAUCGUCGUUGCGGCAGGGACUGAAAUGGGGCAAGGAUCCUCCGCGGUCAGUUCCGAGAGUGGGGGCUUGUUUGUAGAAAGAUAUGCAAAGGACGGGGAUACGGGAAGUAGCUCUCAUCUGAAGGCGCUCGACGAGAUGGGUCCGGACCUUGGGGAGGGAAGUCGCGAAUGGCUUGAGCUGCAAGGUUGGAACCGACGUGACGAAGAAGAGGGAAAGGGGAUAUGAACUUGGUAGAUAGAAACAACGUAGAGGGCAACGAGGGUUAAGUCCUUCAGAUCGGGGAAGAUACAGCUUAUCUAGGCUGGUACUCGCAAAAAGACAUUUACAGAGUUAUCUUGAAAUGGUUUAAAAGGGAAAAUUGUCGGCAACAGAUGCGGAUGUGUAUUAGUUGAGUUCAUUUGAGUGUCUCGCAAUCCCUAACACCUGCUCUUUCACCUGU